AUGAUUCGAGACCACAUAGAUUACAAUGGCUGGUGCAAGUGCUUGGAGACCAUGGCAGAUAUCGGCGGUGCGGACGCCAGGGCAGGCCUUUCCAAUAUGGAGAAGGUCAAGAAAGAUGCCAAGAAAGCCACGGAAGAGAGACUUGGAGAGAGAUCUGCGAAGGCCGAUGCAUCCAUUGCUUUUCACUGCAUUCUCCCACAGUCUGGCGGCUGCGAUAAGUCUAUCCGAAUCAUGUGGACGGUCUUCAUCAAGAGUCGAAACAAGGAAAGGGCCUCAAUCGCAAGCUAUUCCUGCCACUCCUCAAUUUGCAAGGCACCUUCCAAUCGGAAAGCAAGACCACUGCAAGCCAUGCCAUGCCCGUCAGUCAUUCUUGACACGCUCCUUGACAACCACAUAACCCACAGCCCUCCACUCGGCAUGUCUUAUCCAAAACACAUGGACUCUCCUCUGAGCCAUAUCGACGAUUCACAGUUGCAACAGCUCAUCAAGUCGAAAGCCGAAGCCGUGGCGGAAUUGAACACUCGAUUCGAAGCGGUGCAAGGAAGCCUCUCCGCCUGGCUUGCUACACAAGAAAGCUACAUCGCUCUGCUUCGAGUGGCGGACAAAUAUAUGCCUUAUGACACGACAACGCAGGGUUACAUCGAGAAGGUUGUGGAGGAGAAUAAGAAUCUUCUGAGAAUGAUAAAUCAAUCCAAAGGCUUCCAUACUGAGCUCCUCAAUGGAAUCACCGCCGGGAAUGCCGACCACCCAGAAGCUGCAAGUUCUGGUCUCAACGAAAAUCUGGGAGUCGCCGGCUUUUCUGACCAUGGCACUGCUGCUGGUGGUGCGAGCGAGAAUUACGAACCUGGAGAGGGAGACAAUAUGACUCAAUCACAAGAGGAGUAUAUCCUAGACGCCAAGAAGCAUUUGGAAGACGGGCAGACUGAAGCGCCCAACACGAGCAGCGGCAAUGCCGACGACCUGAAGACCAGGCUUGCUGUCAGCAGCGAAAACAUGGGUUUCGGCAUCUUUAUAGGACCUCACAUCAUGAUCGCAGGAUAUGGCGAAACUGCUCCCGAUACAACCGGACGAAUCACGCGCCGUGUAAACUUCGCUUGCCUGCCAGAAAUUCAUUGUCAAGCCCACUCGCACGAUCCAGGCAAUGAAAAGUAUAUUCCACAUCAAUUUACCAUCAUCAUGGACGCGAGCGAUCUCACAGAGAAGCUACUGGUGUCCGGGUUUCGCAUAGGGGUCUGCAUGGUCUGCAACGACCAUGUCAAAUAUGUCCUGAAUUACUGUCAAUGCCACAAAGACCGGUGUCCGCCUUGCCUCUAUCGCUGGUUGGCAGAACUACAACAAAGAUUUGACGAAUUAUCGGCGACGAUGGGAAAGAAUCCGUGCUCUGAGUGCGGCAAGGUCGCGAAGCAACACCUGCUAUGCUGCAUGCUUGAUUAUGACACCAGUACCAUAAUCGACAUUUCGCUUCGACCGUUCGGCUCAACCAGUAUCGAUACUCCCGCGGCGGAAUACAGACAGCGCGCAUAA